AUGGCGACAGAUAAAAAGAAAAUCUCCGAAGCGGUAGAAAUGGCAUUGGCGCAUAUUGCAAAUAAUGCCCCUGGAGAGUAUUCCAAGCUAACUGCAUUUAAAAAAUUGAAAUAUUCUAUCAAGGAGACGGCCAGAAAAAUAGCCAAGGAACAAGUAAAGCUCUCUCACGAGUUUGAAUGUGGACCUCAAAAAAACAUCCGCGAGCGCCUUGCCAAGCAUCUACCCGAAGACCGAAUCAAGCUGAUUGAAGAGGCUCUUUUCAUCCCAACAUUCCGCAUGGAAAUCGGCAAGCCUGAGAUGGACAAUGGCAAAUCUCUGGUGGUGAUAAAGAGAGGACAGGAGGAGUUUUUGCCUUCCAGGGAGCUGGCAGCACACGAAGACAUCAACUGGGCCAUGAACUUACAGCACGCUAGUAUUGUAGUGGAAGCAGUGACGUUUGUCAUGCAGGCGGCCGGCAUAAAGGUAUCUGUAAGUGGCAGUACUAUGAAAGAAACCGUUGAAGACACUGCGAAAGCAAUCGAAAAGUCUUCAGCAUUCCAGCAAGCGUUACAGAAGUUUGUCAGCACAUGGAAAACGGCAGGGAACAGCGCAACCGAGAGAGCCAAAGCCAUUUUCUUCCUUCUUAAAGACACCUACGCAGCUGGAUUGCUGUGGACCAUAAUCAAGAGUUUGUGCAAAGAGACCAAAUGGUACGAUUGGUUGGAGACUACAACGAAGGUUAGCGCCAUGAUCGUAACAGCCCUUGCCACAGAUGGGGCAGCGCUAAUAGCUGAGAUUGCUUUGACCGUCCUAGCGACCGUUGACUUCGCCAGGAAGAUCGAUAAUGUUGUACAACAAGAAGAGAUCAGGAAAACUCUACAAGAAGAACGAGAUCAUACAGGUUCCGAUAAUCUACCUUAGAACAGGUAUUACAGUCUAUGUGUAUACUUUACAUGAGUAAAUUAUUUUUAAGAGGACAGUCAGACUGCAAGCUUUUGUAAUAUAUGCCAGAGUCCCUCGAAAUUGUAGAAAAAAACAGCAACCGAUUAGUAAUGAAUAGGAAUCGAAGACAAUGGAGUGAACUGUUACAUUCCGGCAAGGAGUUAUUGUAGAGUGAUUUCCAGCUGUUAUGGAGCGCACUCUUAACAUAUUUAGUAGGUUUAUGAAAGUAAUGAAAAUUAUUUCACCGUGAGAUGUGAGAAAAUCGACUUUGUAAACAAUGAAAUCAUUGUAUAUAGCAGCCGAAUUUAACUGAGUGAACCGGCUAUCUCGAUCAGAAGCACCAGCAAAUAAAAUUGUUUAAAAUGAGUUAGUCGUUCUUUAGAUUACUCUUUUUUUUAUAAAAAAUCCUCGCUUUUGAGACUAUCUGAAUUAUUCUUUCCCCUUAAUUAUAUUGUUUCAAUCGAAAACCAAAACACACUAGACAAAAGAUUACAUUGGCAGCUGCCCGUGCAAGAAUAUUCAAGACAUCACGUCACGAGGUCGAGGACUGUUCCGAGCCCCCAAUUAGCCCGUCUACUAACCCCCAAGGAGCUGGGGUAUUUUUAAUGUACACAAAUACUUCUGGCUUGGUUUCAAAAGAUCUGGCACAGAGAUAAACAAUUUUACAAGACUUUAAAGGAAACUCGGCAUUACGAAGACGGCAGCGAGAGUGUUAAUAUACAAAAAAUUUAAUGAGCAGACCAGUUUCUCAGCUCGACCGAUAUCUGUAAGUCAAUUAAACUGAAUGUAGCGUCUGAAAGGCCCUUCCUAUGAAGUAAAAAAACGUCAAACUCCCCGUGAAACGAAUUUUUCCCAAGAAAAAAACCCGUUGGCAAAUAGCUCUUAAACACGACGAUGUCACCGAGAACUCACUAGCACUAAGUUUUUCUUGAAUCUUUGCCAUGGACAUCGGACAUGUUUUAGGAUUUCCCCAGACUGUUCCAUGAAAGCGAAGCUUGGAGGUUAAAUUGAAAAUUCCGACGUAAAUAUAUAAGAGGCCAUUUGUUAACCUUUCAGCGAUGAUUAGCAUGUUCCAGGCGUCAGUUAUCAAAUCGAAGCGAAACACUAAGCGACACCAUAAUAGCUGCAGAGUGAAAAAGCGAAAAAAGAACACAGACGUUCAUUACACGACUCGACCCAAGCGACGCUCGUUUUUUCACUCCUCCGCCAUGUAUGUUAUCGCCGUUUAUCAUCGCGCUUCGUUUCACUGACUGAACGCAUGGAACAGUUUAACAUAUGUUAUGCUAAGGUUGAGGUUGGCGCUUUUAGCGACGAUAAACCACAACCAGCUAUUAACAAAUUUCAUAAAAAAAAAAUGAAAAAAACUUUUUUAAUCAAUGUUUUCCUCGGCCUUUUUUUCCUGGCUUCCAUUUUAACCCCUUACUGUUGAUACUGCGAGCGGGAAUGAUGACGCAAAUCCUUUGUUUCGAUUUAAUCCCAACUCAACAUUGUGACCUACUCUUCCUAUGAUGUCAGUGCUGACGAUCUUUUCAAAUCUUUGGAUUGGGAAAACUUGAAACGCAACGGAAAAUUUAAACAGCGGCUAUGAUCUGCAAGUCUCUAGAUGGCCUUGCUCCGCAAUAUUUGCCCUCUAGGUUUAGUUAUCGAGAUAGAAUUCAGUUCUAAUUAUUCUUUAAGAAACUUCGAGGGCAAUUUAGUUACUCCACUACCCCGAGCCAACUUUGUCAAAAACAGUUUCACUUACAGAGGUUCAGUGUCGUAGAAUAGUCUUCCUUCCUUUCCACCUUCUUCUCGUCCAAAAAAGGAAAUGUCUCUCCUUAGCCACAUAUCAUAAAUGUCAAAUUAAGGAGAGACAAAGAGUCACCGCGAGUCCAGGCCAGAGACUGGGACUGGUUGUGGGGACCAGGGCGGUUUUUAUGGCUCGGCAGCUCAGGGAUGGGAUGGGGAGAGAAGGUUUUUUACCUCGUUCGUUCAAGCUCGAAUUCAAACAAAAAACUUCUCUCUACAUCCAAGCCUUUAAUUCGCCCAAGUCUCCACAACCAAUCCAAAUCCCUGACCCAGACCCGCGAUGACUCCGCAACGCUUAGUGUAUGUAACUCGAUAUUCUUCCCCUCGUUCAUGAUCUCGAGUACUGAUUGAGAAAUAUCCCAAUCUUAGUGGUCCUGAAAACUCUCCUUCUCUCCCCUAUCAUAUUAGAAAAUGCUUUAUUCAGAGAUAAUUAAGUGAAGUUUAACAGAAAUCUGGAUUGCAUCGACGCAAAAAACGAAAACAAUAACAACUGUGAGCGAAGUCACGCGUAAUUGUGCUCAUCCAUCUAUUUAAAUCAUACAAACCCCUAUGCUACUAACAUAGGUAGAAAAUACAAAUUAGAGAACGAAAACUCAAAAAGAAACUCACAAUAAAGAAAACAUUUACCUUAAAGGCGCAUAGCAUUACAGGCAUAAAAAAAACGACGACGCUGCUUUUUAAAAAGUGGACAUAAGCAUUGAUCCGCAGGGCGCAAACGCAAUACACUCGGGAAACGGUAUCACAACAAGUUUCGCGAUAGCAACUAAAGAAAAGAAAAACAACGCACACACUCACACACGUAGAUCUUUUAUUGUAAAAGUUUGAAUUUCAAAUUGUAACAAAAUUUUCGAAGCUCAGUCACCGAGCUACAGAGACUCUAUGGUGAGCGAGGCCAUCAUUAGAACUUACCAGAUUCACAUGUGACACGUGUCUCACAUACAUCGCGUGAUAGUUGAGGAGGGCAAGAGCGAGGCCGAGCCAAGGCUCCCGCGAGGCCUGAAAAUCGAUUUGGUAUCAGCUUCUGUACCGCAGAAAGUAGCUCUCAUACCUUACUAUUUAAUUCCAAGAAAAUCAGGCGAGGUGAUGUCAACUAUUAUUGCGCUGAGCUAUCCAUGUUUAAGACAUUAAGCUAUAUGAAAUUCCGAGAAAACCCGGAAGCCAAUUUUUAAUAUCGAAUGUAAAUGGAUAAAAAAGUCAUGUCAAUCAGCAAUACACAAGUCGGAUUUAACUUGUGGCUUUUACGUGAUCGUCAUGUCCAUGCGCAUCAGUAACCUGAAAGUUCUUAAUAUCAAUGGUAUACCCAUUUAUUCCAUUACAGUCGACGUCUGAGUUUGGAACAGUUUAAUUUGGCAAUCAGGCAGAUAUGCCUUUAGAUUCCAUUGUUGUAGUUGUCUGUUAAUUUCCGAGAAAAACCAAGGGAUUAAGACCUGUCAACGCAAAAUGGAGUAUCAAGUGUCAAAAGGUGGUGAUUUCAUUGUUGUGACUUCAGUUGAAAUUAAACUGCAACCGAAAGUUUUGUCGUGUGAAAACAACCCAUCCUCAUCAAACUGGCCUGUUAUCGGCCUUGUUCUUCCUCUUUUCUAAUGGAUGGACACAAAAUUGAGUUAAGUAAAAAAAAAAAAAGUACUUGGCCAUAAUCUACUAAUCUUUUGAAGGACCUGUGUAUGAAGCGUACAUUUUUCACUCUCGAAUGGUAUUCUACGUAACGCCGAAAAGUCAGGCCUGGUGAUGACAAGAGUCAGGAUUUUUUUUCGUGAUAAGCUGUUUAUCCCAAAUUCUGGGAAAAACAGGAAACUCAUUUUGAAAGUGCAACGCAAUCAAGUAUCAAAUGUAAAGAAAAAAAAAAUCGGGAGAUUUGACAUUAAAUCAAUCUGCAAGCGCUAUAGAAAAGAGAUUUUAAUAGCCACAAUCGCAAACUUAAUCGAUUAUAUUUGACGAAGACGAUCAGUAGGAAAGAGACUGUCUCUACAAUAAGUGUAAGUAUACAGAAUGGCUUUGUGAUUUGUUCAGUUAGGUGUGCAAAUCAUGUAUGACUGAUGUGCAAGUAUAAGAAGCAACGCGGUGUCUGUGUCUCGUCAACUUAUUGUGAAGCGAUGUCUCUAAAUAUUUGUAUAUAAUAUAUUUUUUGCUUUGAUGUGGCACUCUCAGCUCCUCCGUGCAAGUAAGUCGUUAUAUUAAAAAUCUUAAGAUUCUCCAAAAAAAUUAGAAAACUUGUUGAAACCUGUCUUGAAAACCGAGCAUGCCGAGUGUAAAAAUCUACAAGGGAGAUUAAAAGUGUUGGAACACUUAUCGCAGUAUUACUAAAAUCCCUCUCUCCUUCAAACAAUGUCGAAUUUUGUGCGCUUUGUAAAAAUUACCCAGACGACUGUUUUGUUUCACUAACAUUGUUAGAGGAGAGGUUCUGUGUUUACGCCUGAAUUGGCAAAAAAAUGAUAUUCUGUAAUAUAUUUGGAUAUAAAAUAUGUUUUCAAUAAUUACGCCAAGGAGUUUUGACCUUCAUUACCACUAUUGUUAGAUGUUGAAAUACAAACAAAUGAAAAACAUCAGAUAACUUCGCAAUAGGCCAAUCAGAGAGCCCCGAGAAAUUUAGGCUCAGUGAUAUUGGGUAUUUCUAUUGUGUGGAGCUAUUUAUGUUCAAUUCCGGGUAAAGCAAGAAGUUCAUCGGUUUCUUGAGGUGGAACGAAAUUUAGCACUAGAUGUAAACAAGUAAGAAAAUCAGGUGAUUCGCAAUGGACCAAUCAGCAAUCGCAGAGAUAGAAUGAGAACUUACUCGUGUCUAUCAUGUGAUGGACGAGUUGAUACAUAUAAACUGAACGUUCAGAACAUCAAAAGCACUUUACGGUGAUCUCUUCCCUUGAAGCUGAACUCUGAGCUUGGUACAGUUAAAUUUGGUAAGCAUGCAGGUUUCCUAGUGGAACAUUAUGUUGAUCAAUUUAGAUUUCUUUCAAGUUAAGCUGACAAUAACAAAAGAUAAUUCUAUAGCUCAGUUAAAGCGCUCUUCGAAUUAGGGCUGGUGAAGCGUUUUGUUAGGCAAGCGCAUAUGCGGAACUAAUUAGUGAUGAUUUGACUUAUGAAUGAGCGAAAUAACUGUGGGCACUGAAGAAAAUUUUGUCACAUUUUGUAACUGUAUUUUGGAAAAGGUUUAGAUGAUUAUGACCUAUAGUUUCGGUACUCAUCUCUCCGUUCAACUGUCUCGCAAUGAUGUUGGUCAGAAAAGUGCCCUCGAAAUGAAUUAAAGUGAUACCUAGAUAUGCCGUGUGGAAACAGCUUUCUUCAGCAGUGAUCGUCAUCUAACUUUUGCGAGGUUCAAAUCUGAAGAUAUUUCCCCUACUUUUGAUUGAAAUUAAAUUUGAUUAUUCAGCAGUAUUUGCGUACCUUGGUGUAUAAUCGGCAAUAACAUUUUGAAAUUGGUCUUGAAUGCUUUACAUUCACAGCAACUGAAAGUUUCCUUGAUCGAAAAUGACAACAGAUAACAAGAAAAUCUCGGAAGCUGUAGAGGGGGCGUUGGCGCAGAUUAAAUCGAACGCCCCUGAAGAGCAUUCCAAGCUCAUUGCAGACGGGAAAUUGAAAGAUGCUAUCACUACAGCAGCGAGGGAAGCCGCCGAUGAGGAAGUGAAACUCGCUCACGAGUUUGCCUCUCAACCAGAACAAGACAUCCGUAAGCGCCUUGAGAAGCAUCUGCCUGAAGAUCGAAUCAGGCUGAUUGAAAAGGCGCUCACCAUUCCAACAUUCCGCAUGGAAAUAAGCAAGAUGGACAAUGGCAAACAUCUGGUGCAGUUGACAAGAGAAGGAGAGGAGUUCCUACCAUCCAGGGAACUGGUAGCGAGUGCUGACAUCGUUUGGGCCACGAUUCUUCAGUACGCCAGUGUUGUGGUGGAGGCGGUAAUGCUUGUCAUGCAAGCAGUUGGGAUCGGAGUAUCUGUAAGCAGCAGCACCAUGAAAGCCACCAUUGAAGACACCGCGGAAGCAAUUAAGAAGUCUUCAGCAUUCCAGCAAGCGAUACAGAAGUUUGUCAGUUCGUGGAAAGCGGCGGGAGGCAGUGCAACUAACAAGGCUAAAGCCAUUUUCUUCCUCCUCAAAGAUACCUACGCAGCUGGAUUGUUGUGGACCAUCAUCAAGAGUUUGUGCAGAGAGAUGAAAUGGUACGACUGGUUGGAGACCGCAGCGAAGGUGAGCGCCAUGAUCAUAGCAGCCCUUGCCACAGAAGGAGCAGCGCUAAUAGCAAAGAUUGCUUUGACCGUUUUGGCUGCU